AUGGCACCAUUUUACAAUGAGAGCGAACUCGCUAAAUUCACCCAAGUAGUACGCGAACAUUCCCUUCAAUACAAGUUUUCCAAAUGGGUAUACAUUGCGGUAGCCAUGACAAUCGAACAAGCCAGACACCUGAAAGGGGGCGACCUCUUUGCAUCCGAUCCUUGGCCUGUUCGCACAUAUACCGUCAAAGCUUGUACAAACAAAUGGUAUUCGGCUGAUGAGCUUGCAAUUCCUGAUCUGAUGCAUAACUACUGGGUCAAGGAAAAGGAAGAAGAGAUGCUCUCUAUCUUCUAUGGUACUGACUUUCCUGAAAUCCUAGAUGAUGUGUUCAGGGAGAUUGAAGCGGAGUUGGAACGCAAGAAGGCAAUACAAGCUCAGUGA